GUGAAAAUGGAAAGUAAAGAUUCAAAACUAAUAAAGAAAACGGGCAGGAAAACCCCUAAGUACUGUUGUAUUUGUAAAGGAAUUUACAGAGGAAAGGUUAUUGAUGGGAGAAAAGUGUCAUUGCACCGUUUUCCUCAGAACAAACGUUUAAAACGUGUGUGGGUGCAGCGAUGUAAAACGGUCAUGAGAUCGUUCCAGUGGAAUGAACACAGACGAUUGUGUAGUGAGCAUUUUGUUGGCUUCAGAGGACCUUCAUUCCAGCAUACACUUCCAUCUAUGUUUCCAACUGAGACUGGUGCUACCAAAACCUUCCAGCCAACGCUCCUUGAUGAAGACGUAGGUGAUGAUGAUGAUGGUGAUACGGUCAAUGACGAUUUAGACCUAGAACUGUCAAAUGAUGAUAGUAUACAGCCACAACUGUCAUUUGUAUCCCCUUCCGGGCAUGCCAUUGAUACCUCUGUCCACCUGCAUGAUUACUGCAUGGGACCAGUACUACAGCCACAGAAUCAGUCCUUUAGAUGUUGUGACACACAGACUGAGAACAACUGUGCAGUGAUGGAAGUACAAACUGAAGAAAGUUUCCUGGGAAAAACAGCAGACUUCAGUUCACAAACAGAACAUUCUACUAGAGACUUUGGUGUACAAUGUCAGCUACCUAUGCUCACAUAUGAUGACGUAAAAUACAAUGACGAUUUGGUCAGUUUUUACACCGGAAUCCCUAAUCGAGUUGUGUUUGAAGCUUUGUUUGAUGAAAUCAAGGAUGAAGCUGAAGUGCGGACAUCAAGGCGGAAACUUAACUAUAAAGAUUCAGAUGGAGGACGGCCAAGAACUCUAAGUGUUCUGGAUGAAUUUUUCAUGGUGCUGAUGCGCCUACGUCUAGGUCUGUUAUUUGAAGAUCUAGGUACUAGGUUUUGCAUAUCCACUUCACAAUGUAGUGACAUUGUUGAAAGAUGGAUCAACUAUUUACAUGUACAAUUAUCCUUUCUUGUUCAAUGGCCAUCUCGUGAGGUAGUGAAAAAUAACAUGCCUGAACAAUUUAAAGAGAAAUAUUCUAACACUAGAAUUAUUAUCGACUGCACUGAAAUUUACAGUGAAACAUCCAGUUCUCUUUCUUUGAAAAGUUUAAUGUACAGUGAUUACAAGUCUCACAUGACUCAUAAGAUUUUGGUGGGUAUAAGCCCAAAUGGUGUUGUAACUUUUGUUUCUGACUGUUGGGUGGGCUGUACCAGUGACAAGAAACUCACAGAAAAAUGUGGACUCUUGGACUUGCUUGAAGAAGGAGACGCCAUAAUGGUUGAUAAGGGUUUCACUAUUACAGACCUUACUACUCCAAGAGGCAUUCAUCUCAUUAUUCCACCAUUUAAACAGAAAGGAAAACAAUUCUCUAAACGUGAGGUUCUCCUUACAAAAGAUAUUGCAAGUUUACGAAUACAUGUUGAAAGGCAAAUGGAGAGAAUCAAGAACUUUCGAAUAUUGCAUGGCAAUAUUCCUAUAACACAGUCAAGGAGAAUUUCUAAAGUGUUCAAAAUAUGCACAUAUUUGACAAAUCUAUGGCCACCACUUGUUCAAUAAUAACUCAUGUGUCAAUGAAAGCGUUUGUAUAUAUCAAGCAUUAGAUUUAGGGAUAAAAACUUGUAUACUUCUAACUAGAACAAUGAAAUUACAAUUUUGUUUUAAAAUCAUUUUUUCGAGCAAGUUAUAUGAUAACAUAUGAGAUUACACAUUUGAUUCAGGUUUGACAAAAAUGGAUAAGGAAAUAUGCUCAUGUGAAUGGAUUUCAAGAUUUGAUUUGAAACAUGUAUGCAUUAACUGAUCAAUUUAUUGAUAUAAUUUUUUGUUUGUGAAACAUCUGCUUUGUAUUUUGUGGUUUUAUUAUUUGUAACAUUUCUAAGAAUAAAAGUCAAAGAUCA